UCUCUCUCUCUCUCUCUCUCUCUCUCUCUCUCUAAUGGCGAAUGUCCUCCGAAGUUCAGCUUUGAGGGCACCAUUCGCACCUCUUCCUCCUACAGCUCUCUCCUCAAACUCUCCGAAACCCUUUUACGUUUCGUUUAGACGACAAAGGCUGGCGGUUAGCACCACUCUCCGCUUCUCUCACUUUCCGUCCCUCGGCUUCGUGCCUUUCGCUUCCCAACAGCAGCAGGGUGAAACCGAUACUACUGACACCCUCGAUGCCCAAGACCUUGAGGAGGAGGAUUCUUUAGAUGGGGCAGUCAGUGUGGAAGACAGUACAAGUGACGCUGAAGAAAGUGGUAUAAGUGAUGAUGGGGAAGCUGAUGACAAAAAACCUGCUUCAGCCGUCAUAGCUUCACUACAAUUAUACAAAGAAGCUUUAGCUAGUAACGAUGAAUCAAAAGUGGCCGAGAUUGAAUCUUUUCUAAAAUCUAUUGAAGAUGAAAAAAUAGGCCUUGAAAUGAAAGUGGCUUCUUUGUCUGAAGAACUGUCAGCAGAGAAGGUUCGGAUUCUGAGGAUUAGUGCAGACUUUGAUAAUUUUCGGAAAAGGACAGAUAGAGAACGGGUUUCACUGGUAACUAAUGCUCAGGGGGAAGUUGUUGAGAGCUUGUUGGGUGUAUUGGAUAAUUUUGAGAGGGCUAAAUCCCAGAUUAAGAUAGAGACAGAGGGAGAGGAGAAGAUCAACAAAAGCUAUCAGAGCAUUUAUAAACAGUUCGGAGAAAUCUUGAGUUCACUUGGCGUUCUCCCAGUAGAGACAGUGGGGAAGCCCUUUGAUCCAGUGUUCCAUGAAGCAAUUAUGCGUGAGGACUCUUCAGAAUUUGAAGAAGGUAUUAUACUAGAUGAAUUUCGCAAGGGGUUCAAGCUUGGUGACAGGCUUCUGCGCCCAGCAAUGGUAAAGGUAUCAGCUGGUCCAGGGCCUGCUAAGCCAGAGCAGCAAGUCGCCCCAUCUGUGGAAGAUGAUGCAAUUGAAACAACCGAGGAUGGCGCAAAAGCUGAGUCGGCUUAAAGGAUAAUGUUUCAUUUUUGUAAAAGCAGUUGUAACUUUGUAGUGUUCAAUGAGUAGGGUAGGAAUUUUUCAUCAGCGUGAUAUGUUAUGGGGGAGUAUUACAGUUUGAUUGUUUAUUUCAUGAGACAUGGGGAACCGCUUUUGAGGGAAGUUAAGAUUGUUUGAAGGAACCGCUUUAUACUUGUCUAUUACUAUCAAUUUCGGUUUGGUUUAU